UUCAAGUCAAGCUCGCGUCGGAAAGGACAGCAGAUUCUGAAUGUGAAUUACAUGCUUAUUACGGUAACACGUUAUAUGUGCCCUAGCACGAGCACGCAGAAGGGCACAGUUGAUUUCCUGUGCGCAGUAGCUUACAAGAGAUCGACAUCUAAAGCGCGAGCGCUGGAGUAACACGAGCUGCACACGCUAGACAUAAAGUCAGUUUGACGGGCUCUUCUUGUGGGUCAGCGCCACACGCAGUGACAUUAUACACUUCCCAUUUUCUGAAGUGUGUCUAUAGAAGCGAAUAAAGUGGCGUUCGCGCGUUACGACCGAAGAUAUUUUGAGUCUUUUUGAUAUUUCGCGUUGGUAGUUUCUUGGCUUUCCCUUUGCAUCUACAACAGAUAGGCUAUAUAACAAUACGCAUGCCACGCGUAUUUGGGGUCGCUUUGGUGAUGCCAUGCCCCGCAACCACAGCGGAGAUGAGGUCGGCUCCGGCCUCUGGAUGAACACUUCUCCCGGGCACCACGCCGAAAGUUACGGAUUGGAUAAUGUGGAAUGUGGUAAUAGAAUGAAGAACAAUUGUUCACGGCCGGGGCACGACCUGUUGUCCGCAUCUCAUGCCGGCACAGGUGCGUCGGUAACGGAAAGAGACCGGGGGAAGCAGGGCGCUCGGCUGAGUCUGCUCGGGAAGCCUCUGGUGUACGGAGCGCAAAGCGGCCGGAGAAACGCGCGAUACCGGAGGUUUCAGAACUACCUGUACAACGUGCUGGAGAGACCCAGAUCAUGGGCUUUUAUCUACCACGCUUUUGUGUUUGUCCUGGUGUUUGGCUGCUUGGUGCUGUCCGUCUUCUCUACCAUUCCAGAUCACCAGGAAAUGGCCUCUCAUAGUCUUCUGAUCUUGGAAUUUGUGAUGAUCAUUGUGUUUGGGCUGGAGUACAUUAUUCGAAUCUGGUCUGCUGGUUGUUGUUGCCGGUACAGAGGAUGGCAGGGGCGACUUCGAUUCGCAAGGAAGCCCUUCUGUGUCAUAGAUAUUAUAGUGCUGAUUGCAUCUGUUGCUGUGGUUUCGGCGGGGAGUCAAAGCAACAUUUUUGCAACAUCUGCACUAAGAAGCUUAAGGUUUUUACAGAUCCUGCGAAUGGUGCGCAUGGACCGCCGUGGAGGAACUUGGAAGCUUCUGGGAUCUGUAGUUUAUGCACACAGCAAGGAAUUAGUCACUGCCUGGUACAUCGGAUUCCUUGUGCUCAUCUUUUCCUCUUUCCUGGUUUAUCUGGUGGAAAAGGAGUUUAAUAAAGACUUUGCCACAUAUGCUGAUGCAUUGUGGUGGGGCACGAUCACCCUCACUACUAUUGGAUAUGGAGAUAAGACUCCUAAAACCUGGACUGGACGAAUGCUGUCUGCUGGCUUUGCCCUGCUUGGGAUCUCCUUCUUUACUCUGCCUGCGGGCAUUUUGGGUUCAGGUUUUGCCCUAAAGGUUCAAGAACAGCACAGACAGAAGCACUUUGAGAAGAGAAGGAACCCUGCAGCCUGCCUUAUACAGUGUGUGUGGCGUAGCUAUGCGGCUGAUGAGAACUCGGUUUCCGUUGCAACCUGGAAACCUCAUUUGAAGGCGUUGCAUACCUGCAGUCCUACAAAAAAGGAUCAAGGAGAGUCAUCUACAAGUCAGAAACUGAGUUUUAAGGACAGAGUAAGAAUGGCAAGCCCCCGUGGACAGAGCAUUAAAAGCAGGCAGACGUCCGUUACAGACAGACGUUCGCCCGGAGCUGAGAUCAGCACUGAUGGAUCGAGUCCUGCCAAGGUCCAGAAGAGUUGGAGUUUUAAUGACCGCACCCGAUUCAGACCCUCUCUCCGUCUCAAGAGCCAAUCACGGUCUACCACUGAAGGUGAGGCUAACGUUGGUGUCGAUGAGGGUUUUGAUGAGAAAGGGUGUCAUUGUGAUAUGUCGGCUGAGGACCUGCCAUCCGCACUGAAGACCGUCAUCAGAGCAAUGAGGAUCAUGAAAUUCCAUGUGGCAAAGAAGAAGUUUAAGGAAACUCUACGCCCAUAUGACGUGAAGGAUGUAAUAGAGCAAUAUUCAGCCGGUCACCUAGACAUGCUCUGCCGAAUUAAGAGUCUGCAAACUAGGGUGGAUCAGAUUCUUGGUAGGGGCCAGAUGCCUGUGGAUAAGAAGGUCAGAGAAAAGUUGUUAUCUGAUGGAGACAUUCUGGAAGAUGUGAGCAUGUUGGGAAGGGUGUGUAAGGUAGAGAGACAGGUACAGUCUAUUGAAGCUAAGCUGGACUCAUUACUGGACAUCUACCGGCAGGUUCUGCAGAAGGGUUCGUCCUCUGUCCUCACUCUCUCCUCGCUUCCUCCUUUUGGGUUGGAGGAGACCUCAGACUAUCAGAGCACCAUCCUCAGUAAGGAUCUCUCUUGCUCCUCCCAGGUCAGCCAGUCCAUCUGUGGCAAUCAUCCCAGGGCUCUCCAACUAAUACUAGCCCCCAGUGAACUCAACAUAAACCAGAACAACUCCACAACAUCUUCCCCUGGGCUCAAUCCAGCCUCUGCCUCGCCCUUUAACCCAUCAGCCUUCCAGGUUCCUUCAACCCCAUCCAUGGAGUGUCCAUCAGCACAAGGCAGUCCAUCUCAAAUCCUCAGCGCCAACAGCUUUCACUCCUCUGUAAGCCACUUUCCAUACGUUGGUCAACCAGCUCCACCUCUUCCACCCACAGCCUCUUCAAAACUCUCCACCUUUCCUCCACAACUAGGCCAUGCCCGCAGCAUGGGUCCCUCUAGGUCAGACCCCACCGACUACGCCAAAUCCUACUUCAGAGGAGUUGGGAUAGACUUAGGACUUAACUCCGUUUUGGGCUGCAAGCUUCAGCAAAAAAACAGACCAAAUGCCAAAGAAGACAGUUCUUGGAGGAGACAUAUAAGCCUGGAUGCAGAGGUGGAGAUGGACCCCCUUGUUCCAGUUUCGACUCUUGUCCCGGUACAAGACCAAUGCAGUGAAGACAGAGGAUUGGGGAAGUCCCUCUCUGUGCAGGACCUCAUGCAGCCCGCUCUAGAGGGUCUGGACAUGCAUUCUAGUCAGGCUAGUUUCUCCACUAGUGUUAGCAGCAGCCAGGACUCUUCAGCUGGGGGCAUUGAGAUGGGGAUAGUGGGCUGGGGAGAAGCUAAUCUCUUCAUCGGCGAUAGAGACUUGGAGGUCUCAAAGACACAUACUCAAGGGUUUGACUUUCUUUCUCAGCCCCCAAUGGAUGCAUCCUACUCAUCGGAGCUGCUUAGGACCAGUACUACGGCUGGUGCUGGUCACAACCUAACACGUGGACAUUCACCCAAUACGGACAGCAACGAGACUAUGAAUAUGCCACAUGUUCGACUAAAAUAACUCAAUCUCUAAAGUGUUCUUAGAAACCCCCUCUGGUGGAAUGAAACUUUGAUACGAGACCUUAUUUUAUUUUUUAGUUCUUUUGUAUUUUUAUGAGGAAAAAGUACAUUUAGAUCAUUUUUAUACAUAUUAGUUUGGUUUAUUUAAAAGAAUCAAUUAUGAUUUUGUAUUGGUCACCAUACAUGACAUAGCAUUGCAUGCAUUGUUCUUUUUCAAAUGUACUGUAACAUUUUUUUAUCUAAUAGAAUGUGGCAAAUUAAUAAUCGACCUGCUGCAAUGAUCAAAAUCAUAGAUGGCAUGAACUAUUCACUGGACUGCAUGAACACCGUGUGUCAUCAGCAUACACAAACACAUUGUCUCAUUACAAAAAGCCUUGUCAACCCGAAAUUUACAAGCUGCCUAAAAAUAGAUAAAAAUGAUCAGAACAUAUUUUUCUCUUUCUGAAUUUAUCAUAUUGUAUUACUAGGUCAUUUACUUUUAUUGUGUAAAAAAAAAAAAACAAUACCAGAAAGUGAAGGAAACUGAUGCUGCUGAUUUUUUUUUUAUAGUUUUGAUAAAGCAGAUUAAAUUUUGAGAGAAGCACCUGAUAGUUUCCAUACUUAAUUAGUUGCUGUUUUUGUAAUGAGUUCUGAUUACAUCGCAGCAGGAGCCCAACUUAAUAUCCUACCCGUUAGUUUUGUGAAUAUAAAUUAUUAUUAACAACAAUAAAAUAAUAGAAAUUA